GCGCCGGUGGGCUUGGCCGGCGGCGCGCGCGCGAGGUAGCGCUUGCGAGCUGCCCAUUCAAGCUCCGCUCGCGGCUCGGCUGUAGCCGCCGCCGCCGCCGCCGCAUUUUUCUUUUCCUCCUCCUCCUCGCCGCCACCCCGUCCCGGCAGGCAGACUGGGCAUCCGAGGGGGCCGCUUGGAUGCCCCUGCCCUGGGGGAGGCAGCGCGCUGAGCCGGGGCAGGGGCAAGGCAGGACCGGACGAUGGAGCCGUCGGGGCCCUUCCACGACUCCGGCGUGGGCGAUCUGGACGCCGAAGAGGCGCGCUGCCCUUGCCCGCCCUCGGGGGACGAGCCGCGCCCGGCCGCUGCCGCGCCCCCCAGUUUGGCUCCGGCGGCGGCGGCGGGUCCCCUGCGGGCUCCUCCCCCGGUGGCCGCCCUCCGCCCUUCUUCCCGCCAAGGCAGCCAGCCCAAUGUGAGCGGCGAGCACUGGGCGGCCCCGGGGCACUCGCCUAGCUCCAGCGGAGGCGCGGGGACCGGCGGCAAGCACCGGCAGGCCAGCCCCUUGGCGCACCGGCGGGACAGCAAUCCCUUCACCGAGAUCGCCAUGAGCUCGUGCAAGUACAGCGGCGGCGUCAUGAAGCCGCUCAGCCGGCUCAGCGCCUCCCGUCGGAACCUCCUCGACGCCGACGCCGCCGAGGCGCAGCCGCUCCAACUUUUAGGCGCCGGGGCUCACCCGCCCGAGAUCGUCAUCUCCCGGGAGGACAACCACUCGCCGCAAGGCUUGCUCCAUCCCCACCCCAACACGGCCGUCGGGCUCUCGGGAGCCGUGGCCGCGGCUCACAAGCACCCGCCCGCCGGGGGCCCGCCUUUCGCCAAAGCUCCCAAGCGCAAGAACCAAAACAUCGGCUACCGCCUGGGCCACCGGCGCGCCCUCUUCGAGAAGCGGAAAAGGCUCAGCGAUUACGCCCUCAUCUUCGGCAUGUUCGGCAUCGUGGUGAUGGUCAUCGAGACGGAGCUCUCGUGGGGCUUGUACUCCAAGGGUUCCAUGUUUUCGCUGGCCCUCAAAUGCCUUAUCAGCCUCUCCACCGUAAUUUUGCUGGGGCUUAUCAUUGCCUACCACACGCGGGAAGUUCAGCUCUUCGUGAUCGACAACGGCGCUGACGACUGGCGGAUUGCGAUGACGUACGAGCGCAUCCUCUACAUCAGCUUGGAGAUGCUGGUGUGCGCCAUUCACCCCAUCCCUGGGGAGUACAAGUUUUUUUGGACGGCCCGGCUGGCCUUCUCGUAUGCGCCUUCGCGGGCGGAGGCGGACGUGGACAUUAUCCUCUCCAUCCCCAUGUUCCUGCGCCUCUACUUGAUCGCCCGCGUCAUGCUGUUGCACAGCAAGCUCUUCACGGACGCUUCCUCUCGCAGCAUCGGGGCCCUGAACAAGAUCAACUUCAACACCCGUUUCGUCAUGAAGACCCUCAUGACCAUCUGUCCCGGCACUGUCCUGCUGGUGUUCAGCAUCUCCCUGUGGAUCAUUGCUGCCUGGACGGUGCGUGUAUGUGAGAGGUACCAUGACCAACAGGACGUCACCAGCAACUUUCUGGGCGCCAUGUGGCUUAUCUCCAUCACCUUCCUGUCUAUCGGCUACGGUGACAUGGUCCCGCACACGUACUGUGGCAAAGGCGUCUGCCUGCUCACGGGCAUUAUGGGGGCCGGCUGCACCGCCCUGGUUGUGGCUGUCGUGGCACGGAAGCUGGAGCUCACCAAAGCCGAGAAACACGUCCACAACUUCAUGAUGGACACGCAGCUCACCAAGCGGAUCAAAAACGCCGCCGCCAACGUCUUGCGGGAGACCUGGCUCAUCUACAAACACACCAAACUGCUGAAGAAGAUUGACCAUGCCAAAGUCCGGAAGCACCAGAGAAAGUUCCUCCAAGCCAUUCACCAGUUGAGGAGCGUAAAGAUGGAGCAGCGGAAGCUGAGCGACCAAGCCAACACCCUGGUCGAUCUUUCCAAGAUGCAGAACGUUAUGUACGACCUCAUCACGGAGCUCAACGACCGGAGCGAGGACCUGGAGAAACAGCUCGGAGGCCUGGAGUCCAAACUGGAGCAGCUGGCCACCAGCUUCCAUUCCUUGCCUUUGCUGAUCACGGACACUCUGCGCCAGCAGCAGCAGCAGCUCCUCGCCACCAUUGUCGAGGCCCGGGGGGUGAGCAUGGGCGUGGGCGCCCCCCAGACGCCGCUCUCGGACAGCCCCCUUGGGUGUCUCACUGAAGAAAGUCGAAAGAAGACGGGAGGCCACGAGUUGGCCGAAAUGCAGGUGCCCCCAUUUCCUCCCUUCCUCCUCCAUCGAAUCUUGGCAAAGGUAUUGAGACAUCAUUCUAGCUUCUCCUGCACGGUCUUGGUGUUGCAAGAAACCACUGCGAAGCACCUGGGACAGCGCUCCAUUUCAGCACCUGGGACAGCGCUCCAUUUCAGCACCUGGGACAGUGCUCCAUUUCCACACUGAGCUGGCUCUCCAAUCCACAGGUAUUGUCCAAAUAAAAGCAAGGCUGCCUCUACCUCAAGAUGUUUAGAAGGCAAACUCAAUCCUCCCAGCCUUUCAGUUAAGAGCCAUAAAUGUGCGAUGUGGGCGACAUGUGAGAGAUGCUCUGGCCAUCUUUGCUUCAAAGCAGGCAUGGCAUGGGUGUGUGUGUGUGUGUGUGUACCCUUGAGGUGAUGGGGGAAGUGUGCUGCUUUCCUGGUCAAAAUCUCUCCCUUCCUUUCACCUUACAGGGCUCUUGAUAGCUUCCUGGAGCUGUUUUUGAUCAGGGAAACAGCAUGGCGGGUAAAGGUCAAACGCCUGCUCCUUUGAGCCAAUUCGGAGCCCUGACAGCUGCCUUGAAGUACAAAAUGACCACUGAAAGCAAUCUGAUCAUAGUACUCUCGGUUUGGCUGUUGGUCUGGACGAGUUACUAGCCUAACUGCCUCCCCAUCCCAAAUGCCUCUGCUGAUCAUUUGCCAUAUACCAAUAGCUUAAAAAAAAUAAGGAAAAACAACCAACUUAUUCUUUAGUUUAGAAAAGUUUGCUGACUGCUCAGCUGGAGGGCUCCUUUGCUCACCUCUGGCGACCAGGCAAGUACCAAUUCCCAAAGUUGCCUCGUAUGCCUACUCGUCAUUCUAAGAGGGAUCCUGAGAGAGUAGCAUCAUAUCCUGGUUCUUGUGACUGGCAAUUUUGCUGGCAGAAUCGCAACACAGGUCUCUGUCCCUCAUCUCUCUGGGGCAGGCCCCUUAUUUUCCUGGCGUCGGUUGCCAUGCAAGCGUCUUACAUCCCACUGGAAAUGGGAAGGGCUCAUCGAAAUCUGUUGGGACUGGGAACAAAGAAGAAGAAUCUGAUGAUGAUACAGGCUAUGAAGAACAUUUACAUGAAUUCUGCAAAGGGAUCGACUCCAAGGCAGCUGUUCGUCAAUUAACUACAAAUUGAAGUAUUUUGAGCCGGGGGGGACAGUGUUUACAGACUGCAGCACCACGUUUAACGGCAUCCUAGUUGCCUCUUCGUUCAUCAAAGAGAGUUGUCCCUGUCAGUGGGGCAUUAGAAUCCGCUCCAGGUUUUAGUCUGAGUUUUCCCUGGAGAGGACCUUGGGACCACAAAGAAGGUACUGGCAUUGUCAGCCCUCUUGCCAUUCUGGUAGAAUCUCCAUGUUCUGACCCCCAAGUGUCUGCCUGCCCCCCCCAAUCUGAGAGAAGCCAACACAGUAGCGGGAGCAACUGCACACCUUUACGAAACGGCAGCGUCUUGUCCAGCCCUGGCGCUUGGCACAUUUCUCAGCGCUUCGAUGUAGAAGCUGCACUUAAAAAGCUCAUUUUCUUUUCUUUGUUUCAUCUCUUUUUUUUUUUUAAAUAAGAUUAUUAGGGGAAAGCAUAACCAUAGUUUUAUUUUACCUAUGAAAUAUAUUGCUAUAUUAUAAAGGAUGAUAUUGUAA